CCGGCAGCGCCGCCGACUUCUUAGCCAAUGGCGGACGAAGUCGCUACGCCUUCCGUCCCGAAGCCCACGCCCGAGUAUGUCGCGGCGGCACGCCGGGGACACGCCAGGCUAAGCAAGAAGACCCCGGCGGUGUCCGGACCGCCAACGGUCGGUGUGGUGUUCAAUGGUGGCGGCAACCGGGCGCUGUGCGGUGCGUAUGGGGUGCUGCGCGGGCUGCAGCAGCUGAAGGUUGACGGCGUGUCGGCGCUCGACCGCAUCGACGUCAUGUGCGGCAACUCGGGCGGGUUCUGGGCGACGACAAUCUUCAGCUUCGCCUGCGAAUCGGAUCACUCCAAUGAGACCCUCCUCGAAGCUUGCCGCAGCCCCGACCCGACGCUUGUGACCAACGCAGAGCUCGAGCGCCUGGGACCGAAGACGCUCGGCCACGCUGCCACGCGGCCAACUUGCUGGCAGCUCCUCUGUUGUGGCCCGUUUGCUCUUGUCGGUUGGCUCACGGGACCGUGGGGACCGCUGUGCUUGCUGCGAGGCGUCGGGCUCAGCUGUGGGCUCCACGAUUUUUGGAGUUGGAUCGUCUACUCCACCUACCUCAAGCCGUAUGGCAUCCCGCGCGGCAAGUUCUUCACCACCGACCGCGCUGAAGCCACAAGGCUCGCCGAUUGUGACCCCACGGGCAAGCUUCACGCCACGGACUUCAUCUGGCCUCGAGAGGAGGUCCAUGCAACGCCGUGCGCGGCCAUGUCGAUGGUUGGUCCCGCGGACGGCAAGCGCGAAUUCGAGGCGCAGGCGGCGGCCAUGAAAAGCCAGCUGCAGUGCGAGUACGACUCCAACGGCGAGUUCGACGCGCCGGCGGCGCGACGAGACCAUAACGGGGUGUCGCCGGUGCCCUACUUUGCCACUCCCGCCGCCGUCGGCACGCGGUACGAGACGAACACGAUGACCUUUGGCACGCGCGUCUUUUCCCCGCCGGACUGCGGCGCCACGCCGCCCGACCUUGUCGUCUCGCCGCGCACCGUGCCGCCCUACGAGUGGGUGCUGCCGCCUUCGCUCUGCGACCGCUUCUCCACCUCGCACGGACGGUUUGGCAUCGAGACGGCCGCGGCCAUCUCUUCGGACGCCUUCCAGUCCUUCCCCUGUUUCGAGUCUGUCUCUGUGCGCCUCAAGGUCGGCGCCCCGCCGGGGCGCGUCCUCGCUUUCGGGGACGGUGCUGUCGUCGAGGGCACGGGCAUCUGCACAGCUCUGCUUCAGGGCGUGUCGCGCGUCAUUGCCGUCAUCAACCCCGAGUCGCCCGGCAGCCCUGUUGUCUCCGUCCCCUACUCGGCGAUCGCCGGCAAGUGCCUGGAGGACUGGACAGCGGGGCUCGACCCGCGGCUGGCGUCUCUCUUCGGCGUCUUGCCCAAGGAGGCCAACGGCUGCGCCCAAAAGUGCUUGGCCGAGAAGACCAUUGGGCCCGCCUUUGGGCUCAACCACGUCUUCUGCCGCAGCAAGCUCGCGGAGCUCAAGCGCAAGAUGGACGCGCUGUACCUUGCUGGCCGCGCCCUGGUGGUGACACUCGAGCUCGACCUGCUGCCGAACGUCUUUUGGGGCUUCGAGGGCGGCCGGACAAUCCGGCUCACACUCAUCUACUACAACAUGCCGCGCAACUUUGCUGAACAGCUGCCUGGCGACGUGUCGGGCGGCGUGACGCCAGCCGGCAACGGCGAUGUCCCCGAUCGCGCCCAGCUGCUGGCGCCGGGCCUCAGCGACGUGCCUGAGUUGAAGAUCCAGCUCGAGCCGCCCGGCUACACCCACUACACCAAGCGGCAGGUCAACAUGAUGGGACACCUCGGCGCGUGGAUAGUCGAGGACGGCCGCGAGGAGAUUCGCGCCGCGAUCCUCUCCUGAGGUAAGUUAACGGGUAAAUUCAUUAAAAGCUAACGGGUACAAAGGCUAGCUCAAAAGAAGAAAUUAUUCG